UUCAUAUUAUUGUUCAUUAUGAGGCUGUAAGCUAAAAUUAGCUGACGGACGGAUAGACUCUGGCGUAAACCCUUAAGCUCCGGUUAAACCAAAAAGUACAUCAUCGAAUAUUUUUUUUUUUUAAUGAGAAACAAUUUUUUCUUUUCCGUGAAAAAACUUUUUUAAUUCUCUUUUCUACUUUUUUUUUUUACUUUUUUCAUAAAAACGAGCCUAUAAAAAAAUGAAAUUCUCACAUACAUUGCAGUUAAAUGCAGUGCCAGAAUGGAUUGACAGUUAUGUCAAUUAUGAUUCCUUGAAAAAACUGAUUUUUCAAAUAGAAAAAGAACAUGUUGAAGAUAUAAAUGCAGAAACAGAUCCAGAAAAGGCUUCAGAACAUUUGAGGGAUGGAGAGGCCAAGUUUAUCAGUGCCUUGGAUGCUCAGCUGGAAAAAGUUUUUGAUUUCUACACACACAAGGAAUCCGAACUCUAUGCCAUGUUGGAUGACCUUGAGGCUGAGAUGGAUGGCAACGGCGAUAUCCAUAACACCAGUGAAUUCUCUCACAAGGAAAAUUUAGCACCACUGGAACAACUUGAUUCCACCUUUCAAAACAAGGAGUAUCCCAACCAGAAACUAGAGAAAAUUGCUCCUGUUCGUCGUGCAUCUCGUUCAUCUCGUUACUCUUUUGAGUCUCGUAUGUCCGUUGACAAUGACGGUGCUUUCUUGGUCGAACAAUUGUCGGACAUACGUUCUCAACUCAUCCUACUUUACAUUUCUUUAUCCGAACUUGAGUCAUACGUCGAACUCAAUCGAACUGCGUUUGAAAAAAUCCUUAAAAAAUAUGAUAAAGUGCUUCAAGGUGAUUUGAAAUCUCGCUAUCUCAACAAAAUGGUGAUGGACAGUAGACCAUUUAUGCCAGAAACAAUGCAGGUUCUCAAGUCUCAGUUAACUCGUAUUGAAAAUAGCUUCGCAAAUGCCUUCUGUGGUGGUAAUCGAACAAUUGCGCUCCGUCAGAUGAAGACACAUUUAAGAGACCAAGUCACUUUUGAACGAAACACGGUUUGGAAAGAAAUGAUUCGUCAAGAACGUAAAGUCAAUGACACCAAAUUGAUCGAACAGAAACCUGUGAAAACAUACAAGAUCCCUUUCACAAAUCACAGAAUCAAGUCUGCCUUGGUAUCUCAACUUAUUUGUUUGACUAUUUCUAUUGCCGCCUUGAUUAUUUUACUUCUGGUGGAUUGUUUCGGUCAGAAACAAGAAAAUUAUUGUUUUGCCUUAUUGAUUUUCGCCGCCAUCAUGUGGGCUACAGAAGCUAUGCCUCUUUACGCUACUUCCUGUUUGAUUCCCUUCAUGAUUGUACCCCUAGGUAUUUUGCGCAACCCAGAUGGUAGUGUCAUGGCAGCCAAGGCAGCUGCCAAAGCUACUUUUGCUUCCAUGUAUAGUGGUACUAUCAUGAUGCUUCUCGGUGGUUUUGCACUUGCUGCUGCGCUAUCUAAAUACGGUAUUGCUAAAGCCUUCGCAUCUCAUGUAUUGAGCCGUGCUGGUACGAGACCUAUGUGGGUGUUGCUUGCUAUUAUGUUCGUUUCAGGUUUCCUCAGUAUGUUCAUUUCCAACGUGGCUACACCCGUGCUUUGUUUCACAUUGAUCGACCCAAUCCUUCGUACUUUACCUGAUAGAUCGCGUGUGGCACCUUGUUUAAUUCUAGGUAUUGCUCUUUCCAGUUGUAUCGGUGGUAUGACAUCACCUAUUUCUUCUCCUCAAAAUAUUAUCACUAUUCAAUACAUGAAUCCUAAUCCUGGUUGGGGGCUUUGGUUUGGUGCUGCUUUACCUAUUGCUGUGCUGUCUAUGUUUGUAUGCUGGGGACUCUUAUUAUUGGUGUAUAAACCCGCUAGCGAUACACCUCAUUUGAACACGAUCAAACCUACCAAGGAAAAGAUUACCAAGACACAAGUGUUUAUUUGUCUUGUGACGAUUCUUACCAUUGCCUUAUGGUGUGCUGAAUCCAGUAUUGAAUCUAGCAUUGGUGAUACGGGUAUUAUUGCUGCGAUCCCAUUAUUUGUAUUUUUCGGUACGGGUGUAUUGAACAAGGAAGAUUUAAACAACUUCUUAUGGUCUGUUGUUGUGCUUGCCCAAGGAGGUAUGGCGUUAGGUAAUGCAGUGACAUCUUCUGGGUUGUUACAAGAUAUUGCACUUCGAUUGAAAGAUGGUAUUUCGCAUUUACCAGUGAUUGCAAUUCUUGCGGUAUUUUGUUUCCUGAUCUUGGUAUUUGCUACCUUUGUUUCACACACGGUUGCCGCUUUGAUUAUUGUGCCGAUUGUGAUGGAAGUAGGACAACAAUUACCUGUACCUCAUCCUAAUCUUUUGGUGAUGGGAGCUGGCUUAGCCUGCUCGGCAGGAAUGGGAUUGCCUGUAUCUGGGUAUCCGAAUAUGUCUGCCAUCAUGUUGGAAGAUCCAUCCGGUAAACCCUAUUUGACAACGAAGGAUUUUGUCAUUACAGGUAUUCCAACAAGUAUUAUUGCCACUUGUUUAAUUUUCACACUUGGAUAUGGUAUCAUGUCCGGUAUGGGAUAUUAAACAAGGAAAACACACAUUUGUUAUAUAGUUUCCUUUUUUUUUUCUUUCUUUCACCAUGUUUAU